ACUAUUUCCUCCGGUCGAUCGCGUUUUUGUGAAAAACUGACGUCGCGUGCAGGUUGUGUGGGGUGGGAAAAAUGAAGUGCAAAGUGAAGAUGAAAAUUUGAGUGAAAUUGUGACUUGUACAAAUAGAAAAAAAAUAAUUGAAACAGUGAUUUUUAUGUGACAUAUGAUAGAAGAAAAUGACACCGCAAUGGAUUACCGGAUUAUUGCUUGGAAUUUUGCUGCCUUUCAACGUUGCCGACUGGAAUUUCUUCAAGUGUUACGAAACGGCGAAAAAGUGUCCCAACGAAAAUAUAACGUUCUGGCUGUACACCAGAGAAACCCAGUACGAACCGACUGAGCUUAGCAUGUUUGACCCGGAAGCGAUAAGCCGGGCUCCGUUCGUGCUGGACCGCCCGUUGAUCGUCCUAAUUCACGGCUACACGGGCCACCGUAAUUACGCCCCAAACACCUCGAUCCGGCCGGCUUACCUGGCGUACGACGAGUUCAACAUUAUCUCGCCCGAUUACAACCCGCUGGCCCAGGAACCGUGCUACUACCAGGCCGUCCGGAAUCUUCCCACGGUGGCCAACUGUACGGCCCAGCUGCUGGAUUACCUCAUCGACCAGCAGAUGUUCACGCUGGAUGAUAUCCACGUGGUGGGGUUCAGUCUGGGUGGGCAAACGUCCGGCAUGAUCUCCAACUACCUGCGGGCGGGCAAGCUUCGGCGAAUCACCGGCCUAGAUCCGGCCAAGCCCCUCUUCAUAACCGCACCCAACGAGUACAAACUGGACCAGUCGGACGCGGAGUUUGUUCAGGUGAUCCACACGGACGUGUUCGCUCGGGGGAUCCUUCAUCCGAGUGGUCACACCGACUUUUACAUCAACGGUGGCGUCGAACAGCCCGGCUGCAACGCCCAGAUGAUGAUGACUACGGGCGAGUGCAACCACAACCGGGCGCCGGAGUACUACGCGGAAUCGAUCGCCACGGAAGUGGGCUUCUACGGGUAUCGGUGUGCCCACUGGUACCUGUACAUGCUGGGGCUGUGCCCGGUUCGUGAGGACAGCCAGCUGGCCCUCAUGGGCGCGUACACGCCGAAUACAACGCGUGGUCUGUACUUCCUGAACGUCAACAUGAACCCACCGUACGCCCAGGGCAAAAACUUCACCCUCCGAGACGAGUUCCCGAUUCCGUGACCCCUCUAGACCCCACUAUUUUACCCUAAACUCCUCUGUAGACCUAAGAGACCCACCCAACCUUCGAUGUACAUGAGCGCGAGUAGAGAAAAAUAAAUUGAA